AUGGGAACAAGAGGCAGAAGAUUCAGAGGCGAUCCAGAUCAAGUUGUUAUAUGCUCUUCGACAACCAGUGGCAGAACUGUGACCUAUCCCUACCCAUCAGAAUCAAAAUAUACAUACGCCGAAUCUGACACUAAUCAUGCAAGGAUAUCACUGAGAGAAGGGAUAUGCAAAUCUUCAUUUCACAGUAACGGUAAAUUCAGCAAGAGGACGUAUAGCACAGAUCUCGCACGUCCUCCGACAACCGUUAUUAAAACCAAAGAUACCCUAGAUUUAAAACCCCGUAAUCGGUUGAUGAUUGCAGACAUAUUAGAAUUAGAUUCAUAUAAGCUAACUAUUCCACGACUUGAAAAGUUGGAAGCUUGA